AUGCUUUUUGUUAAUAUAUUAUUGAUGAACUUAUUGAUUGCUUUGUUCAGUUUUACAAUAAAUGAUAUUCAAACACAAGCACGUUAUGUUUGGGCCUACGAUCGUUGUGACAUUAUUCGCACUUAUCACGCCCGACCAGCGUUGUUUCCUCCAUUCACAUUUCUCAUUUCAAUUAUGCAAUGUUUUCAAUGGUGUUGGAAAAAAUUAUACAGAAAUCGUAAUGGAAAGGAAGAACAAUCUCAAUGUUUCAAAAUGAUUCCAAUUAAUGAUGAUGUUGAUCAUGCGUGGUUGGAAUUUGAACGAUAUUCAACCAAUGGUUACAUUCGACAAUUGCUCGAUGAUCAAGCUACUGCACUUGUCAAGGGAACGACUACAGAUGUUACGUCUGAAUCUUCAUCAAACAAUGCUGAUGAAUUAAAGCGUAUCAAGACUCUUGUGACUGAUAUUCAAACACGAUUUGUUCAAAUGGAAACUCGUUGUGAUCGAUGGAUCACAGAUAUGAAAGAAGCAAGUUUAAUCUAUUUUUACUUUUCUAACACCACUUACCUAAAAUGUGAAAAUAGAUAAUAACAUCAAUGAAUUGGAUGAUGAUGGCAAUUGCAGAUGCAAAAAUGGGUGAAUCAGAGCCUCCACUCAUUAGAGACACAUCAAGUAAAAAAACGUUUCUAUUUUCCUGAUAUUUAAUGCGUCUUUAUUUUAUGUCAUUGUUAGGAAGCAGUUCAAUCAGUCAAAAGCGACAUCAGCAAUUGAAUAAAGAAUAUACAACAGUAGGGCACCCAUUGUUACAACAAGAGCGAUCAGUAAUACCUGAAGUUCGUAUUGAAAUGACUCGACUUCAAAAAAACUAUAAUAAUGAUGUUUAGAAUUUUUGCUUAUUCAGGAAGAACUAAUUACAUUCUUUUUUAGUUUUUGUAAUAAUUUAAAUGUUUGUAUUCAUCUUUUCAUAACAUGCAUUGCUUUUUUAAAUGUAUCAGAAAGUAGAUUUCAUCUUUUUUUCCUAAAAUGGUUAGAACGAACUAGAUCUAGUUAUUAAAGGGUGUGGGUGUGAUACAAGAAUAACACCGACACUCACACCCACCCACACCGACACCCGCACUUACAUCCACACCCACCAUUAAGAGUGAUAAACUUUUUGAUCUUUCAGAUUUCUAUUGAUCCGCUGACGAUGAGUACAAUAGUAGAUCAACAUUGUGCAGCAAUGCGAGAGCACGGAGUAACGAUGACUACAGAACAGAUCAAAGCUUCUUUCGAUGUAUUUAUCUUGGAAAUGAAAAAGAUCAAUAACAUUAGUGAGAAUAUGACAUCGAUCAAACAAAUUGUUUUCAUAUUGGUCAAUUUUCCAAAUAAAUGUAAGCAUCUUGCCGAACUCGAAUUGGUUACGCAUCAGUUCAUGAUCUUUCUACGAGAGUGUAUUGUUGAUCAACUUCGUCAGCGAGAAAGUAAUGAUACUGUCCAAGAACUAUUAAUCGAUCUAUCGGUUUUAUUUGCAAAUAUUUGCUACCAUAUCAACAAUACGAAUCUUAUUCCAUUUAAACAACUUUUACUUCAUCGACCGCUAGUUAAUGAACUGGCAACUUGUCUGAAUGAAAUUAGUACAAAUGGAAAGCAUCUGGACAAUUUGCGUUUGCUGAAAUCAAUUCGUUUUCUUCUCUUAAUGUUUCAACGCUUAGAAAAAAAGCAAACGGAAAAUGACGAAUCUUACCUUGGAACAUUACUGCUACCUGCUGUGAUCAAAUGUGUGAGUUCUUCAUAUGCUGUUGAUGCACUCACCGGAUUAGAACAGAAUUUUUCACAAAAGCUUACGGAAAGACAAAUCCUUCUUCUUAGUACAUGUCCUCU